AUGCAUUGCUGUGGCGAAGUAUGGUGGUAUGGGAAAUAAAGUAUUGAGGAAUUGGUGGUAGUUAAGGUAAAGGGUAAACGUUUUCCCCUGACGUUAAGUCCAGUCAUGUCUGAUUCUGGGGGUUGGUGCUCAUCUCCAUUUCUAAGCCGAAGAGCCGGCGUUGUCAGUAGACUCCUCCAAGGUCAUGUGGGAUGACUGCAUGGAGCGGCGUUACCUUCCCACCGGAGCAGUACCUAUUGAUGCACUCACAUUUACAUGUUUUUGAACUUCUGGGUUGGCAGAAGCUGGGGCUAACAGUGGGGGCUCUGUCAGUUCCCCCAAUUCAAACCUGCGGCCUUUCGGUCCAGAAGUUCAGCAGCUCAGCGCUUUAACAUGCUGUGCCAUCAGGGGAUAUUAUUUCCUAAAGGCUGUGAAUAUACAAUAUUUCUGAUUGUUUUUUUUUUUGUCUGUUGGAGGCAAGUAUGAAUGCUGCAAUUAGGAAAAAUGAUUAGGAUGUAAUGGCCUUGCAGAUUUAAAGCCUGGCUGUUUCCUCCCUGAGUGAUUUUUUUGUUGGGAGGUGUUAGCUGGCCCUGAUUGUUUCCUGUCUGGAAUUACCUUGUUUUCAGAGUGGUGUUGUUUGCGAUAUUUUAUAUGCUUCUACUGUCUGUGGCCCUGAGAAAACAGAGGAUUGGCCAGACUUUGAUGAUGGGAAUCCUUUGUUGGGAGGUGUUAGCUGGCCCUGAUUGUUUUCUGUGUGGAAUUCCCCUAUUUUCAGAGUGUUGUUCUUUAUUUAGUGUUCUGAUUUUAGAGAUUGUAUUGUUCUGUUUUAUUAUACCACAUUAAUUUUUAUAUAUUCUGAUUUUAGUGUUUUUGAAUACUUGGAGCCAGAUUGUAUUCAUUUUCACGGUUGACCGCAACACAAUAAUAAUAAUAAUAAUAAUAAUAAUAAUAAUAAUAAUAAUAGUAAGGAUAGUAAUGAUAGUAAUAAUAAUGACUUUGGUAAUACAUAGUGCUUCACUGCCUUCUCAGCUUCCUUUCUGGAAGAAUCCUUUCUUGGGAGGUGUUAGCUGGCCCUGAUUGUUUCCUUUGUGGAAUUUCCAAUUUCCUUGCUUUAUUUACUUUCUUUAUUUCUUUAUUUCUUUAUUACUGUCCUGGUUUUAGAGAUUAUAUUGUUCUGCAUUAUUCUAUCCUAGAAAUUAUUUCAUAUCAAAGUAGAAUCUCACUUAUCCAACAUUCGCUUAUACAAUGUUCUGGAUUAUCCAACACAGUCUGCCUUUUCAUAAUCAAUGUUUUUGUAGUCAGUGUUUCAAAUUCAUUGUGAUAUUUUACUGGUAAAUUUGUAAAUACAGUACAGUAGAGUCUCACUUAUCCAACAUAAGUGGGCUGGCAAAAUGUUGGAUAACCGAAUAUGUUGGAUAAUAAGGAGGCGUUAAGGAAAAGCCUAUUAAAUAUCAAAUUAGGUUAUGAUUUUACAAAUGAAACACCAAAACAUCAUGUUAGACAACAAAUUUGGCAGAAAAAGUAGUUCAAUAAGCAGUAAUGCUAUGUAGUAAUUACUGUAUUUAUGAAUUUAGCACCAAAAUAUCACGAUAUAUUGAAAACAUUGACUACAAAAAUGCGUUGGAUAAUCCAGAACGUUGGAUAAGCUAGGCUUGGAUUAGUGAGACUCUACUGUACAAUAAUUAUUACAUAGCAUUACUGCAUACUGAACUACUUUUUCUGUCAAAUUUGUUGUUAAACAUGAUGUUUUGGUGCUUAAUUUGUAAAAUCAUAACCUAAUUUGAUGUAUAAUAGGCUUUUCCUUAAUCCCUCCUUAUUAUCCAACAUGUUCGCUUAUCCAACGUUCUGCCAGCCCGUUUAUGUUGGAUAAGUGAGACUCUACUGUAUAUUGAUCAUCUUAUAUUAUCUGCUUAGAACUGGAUUAUAUGAGGCCCCUUCUUCACAGUUGUAUAAAAUGCACACUGAAGUGGAUUAUAUGGCAGUGUGGAGUCAAGAUAAUCCAGUGCAAAGCAGAUAAUAUAAGAUUAUAAAUGGGUUAUAUAGCUGUGUGGAAGGACCUUGAGUCUACACUGCCAUAUAAUCCAGUGCAAAUUAGAUAAUCUGUGGAAGAAGAGUAAGUGAGGCCUAAAUUUUCCUGUCCCCUAACUGAAACCUGGCUGUCCCUUGGUUGCUAGGCAACGAAGUUGGCAGAGAUUAGCCCUCUAAACUGGCAGCAAUUGGAUAAAAACAAUUAUUGCUCUCCCUCUAAUUAGGACUUUAUUUUUCUUUUCUUUUUGUUGUAUCAACCUAGAGGCGUGGAUGAUGGGUUGUGUUGUCAAAUUUCGAGGUUGGGGGGCCUGUAGUUUUGUUGUUUUGUCCACUGCCCUGAUGCCAUCACUCUUUUAUAUAUAUAGAUAGAUUUACAGCAUUUUUACCCCGCCUUUCUCACCCGAGGGGACUCAAGGCAGCUUACAUAAAUUGGCAAUAUUCAAUGCCAAAAACAAUACACUAAAAGCAACAGCUCGUACAAAUCAAAUAACAAUACACAGUAAAAACACAUUAUACAAAGUUUUAAAAACAUGUAUAAAUUAUAAAUCCAUUCAUCUGAGAUCCUCAUAUGUAAAUCUUAGUUCAGACCAUUUGAAAUCAUUGUACUUAUUCAUUAAAUGCUUCCGCACAUAACCAUGUCUUUAGGGUUUUUCUAAAGCUCUGGAGAGUUGGGGCCUGCCGAAUGUUGCUGGGGAGGGUGUUCCACAGCCGAGGAGCCACCAUGGAGAAGGCCCUGUCCCUCGUUCCCACCAGCUGACUAAUUCUUUAGUUUUUGGAUAAGUCCACCACAAAUGAUAGAAAGUUCCAGUUAUUUUUUGCAUUCUCAACAUAUGUUGGAUCUUUUCUAUAUCUUUGAGGGUUUUUCUGGAGUUCUGUAUAAUCUAUAUACCAUUUUAUUAAAAUUUUAUUUGAUGGUUUAACUCCUUGUAAAUUGUAGUCAUUCUGUGUUGUCGAAGGCUUUCAUGGCCGGGAUCACAGGGCUGUUGUAUGUUUUUCGGGCUGUAUGGCCAUGUUCCAGAAGUAUUCUCUCCUGACGUUUCACCCACAUCUAUGGCAGGCAUCCUCAGAGGUUGUGAGGUAUGUAGUCAUUCUUUCUAGAGGUCUUCCCAUUCUCCUAGACUUUUUGCUCGGCCUACAUAUUUUCACCAACUGAAUCAUGGGUUCUUUUAUUUCUUCACUAAUUGUAAAAUCUUUCAGAAGAAAUUGAUGCAGCUUCCCAAUUGGUUUGUAUUUUGUCCAUAAUACUUGGUUCCAUUGAUUCUCCGAUUCUGAAAUAAAUUACUCUCCAAGAAAAAGCCUCCCGAAGCCUAUUGUCUAUUUGUCUAAUUCUACCUUUCUUUCACAGAAGAAAUGUGAUUAUUGGCUGAGAAUUUUGGAGCAGAGCCUGUUCAGGGAUUUCUGUUCCUUGAAAGAAGAGGGAGGAAAAGCAUCUUGGAUACGGUUCGGUUCUUCAUCAAAAGUGGUUCCAACAUGGAGAGACCCAACUCACCUGGGCCUGAGGGUGGUUCCAACAUGGAGAGACCCAAUUCAUGUGGACCUGAGGGUGGUUCCAACAUGGAGAGACCCAACUCACCUGGGCCUGAGGGUGGUUCCAACAUGGAGAGACCCAAUUCAUGUGGACCUGAGGGUGGUUCCAACAUGGAGAGACCCAACUCACCUGGGCCUGAGGGUGGUUCCGACAUGGAGAGACCCAAUUCAUGUGGACCUGAGGGUGGUUCCAACAUGGAGAGACCCAACUCACCUGCACCUGAGGGUGGUUCCAACAUGGAGAGACCCAAUUCAUGUGGACCUGAGGGUGGUUCCAACAUGGAGAGACCCAACUCACGUGGACCUGAGGGUGGUUCCAACAUGGAGAGACCCAACUCACCUGGUACUGAGGGUGGUUCCAACAUGGAGAGACCCAAUUCACGUGGACUUGAGGGUGGUUCCAACAUGGAGAGACCCAACUCACCUGCACCUGGGGGUGGUUCCAACAUGGAGAGACCCAAUUCACCUGGACCAGAGGGUGGUUCCAACAUGGAGAGACCCAACUCACCUGCACCUGAGGGUGGUUCCCACAUAGAGAGACCCAACUUACCUGGACCUGAGGGUGGUUCCAACAUGGAGAUACCCCAUUCACCUGGACCUGAGGGUGGUUCCAGCAUGGAGAGACCCAACUCACCUGGACCUGAAGCCGGCAGGGCACCCGAGAGCAGUGGGGAAUCCGGGGAAAGAACCUCGCAGACAGUCCUAAAUGCGCACAUACAGCGCCAGCUCUUCAGGCAGUCCUCCUACCAAGAGGGUGAGGGACCCAGAGAGGUUUGCAGCCACCUCCACGAUCUCUGCUGCCAGUGGCUGAAGCCAGAGCAACACACCAAGGCUGAGAUGCUGGACCUGGUGAUCCUGGAGCAGUUCCUGUGCAUCCUGCCCCCAGAGAUGGGGAGCUGGGUCCGAGAGUGUGGGGCAGAGACCUCUUCCCAGGCCGUGGCCCUGGCGGAAGGCUUCCUCCUGAGUCGGGCAGAGGACAAGAGGCAGGAAGAACAGGCCCCAAACAACUGUAUUGAAGUCCAGCGUGAUGUCCCUACAUCAGAGAAAUCUCCUUCAGACACCACCCAGAGGCUCCAGCAGAAACACCUCAAGCAGAAAGGAGAUGGAGCUGCAGCCUUGCAAGGGACUGGAAUGAUGUUGUCGACAAAUGGAGUGGAACUGAAUCAGGGCCCAAUUGCCUUUAAGGACGUGACUGUCAAUUUCUCCCUGGAGGAGUGGGUUCUCCUGAAUCCUGAUCAGAGAGUCUUGCACACGCAGAUCAUGGAGGAGAUUCGUGGGAUUUUAGACUCUCUUGAAAAUGUCCAGCAAGAAAAGCCAUCAGGAGCAUUUCAUCGUAAAAGGAAGUUGCAGCAUUGCAAAGAAGAUGAGAAUCAAUCCAAAGCAUUGCGAACGACCUCACCAUCAUGUGCAACAAGAAACACAGAGCCAACUAAAUUGACUGAAUCAGAUCAUGAUGAUAACGACAAGAUACCAAUAUCUGAGCUUCCACCUGGACCACCAGCAAGUCAAGACCAUCUUACAGUGACCACAGCAACACCAUUAGCACCUUCAAUUAUUGACCUAACUGGGACCGACACCAAAGAUGUGGAUGAUGAUUUAUUAGGAGAUGCAGUCCUGCCAUCUAGUCCGCAAACCAUUGAAAAUGAACUAAGCAGAGACCUAUUAUCGAUUUCAGAUGAUUGUGGAGAGUGGCCAUCCAAAAUAAAUGAUGAGGUCCGGAAAAUACUUGUGAAACGAGGACCUCAGCAAGUCACUGACAAAGAUUUUCCUCGGGACAGUAGGGGUAGGAGAUUUACCUCAAAACAUUAUACAAGGAAGCUGCGCAACGGAGAGCAAGUCGACAGGAUUUGGCUACUAUAUUCUGUAUUGAAAAAUGCAGUUUUUUGUUUUGCUUGCAAAGUUUUUGGAAACGCUAAUUCUUCUCUUGCUAAUAGCCAAGGCUAUUCUGACUGGCGUAACUUGUCCAGGCUUUUGACCAGUCAUGAGAAAUCCUCUCAUCAUAUUACAAACUGUACAUCUUGGCAUGAACUCUCUGCACGUUUACGUUUAAACAAAACUAUUGAUGCAGAACAUGAAAGGCUUAUUCAUGCUGAAACUGGACAUUGGCAUCAAGUUUUGAAACGCUUACUAUGUGUAGUACAGUUUUUGGGGACUCAAGGAUUGGCAUUUCGAGGGAAUAAAGAGGCUCUAUUUGAACGUAAUAAUGGCAACUUUUUAAAAAUGGUAGAACAUAUAGCAAAGUUUGAUGCUUUUAUGGCCGAACAUCUGAGAAGAAUCACUUCCAAAGAAACACACGUUCACUAUUUGAGCAAAAAUGUCCAGAACGAGUUUGUUAGUUUCUUGUCAGCCAAGAUCCAGGGCAAUAUUUUACAACAAUUACAUCAGGCAAAAUAUUAUUCUAUUAGAUUAGACUGCAUUCCCGAUGUUAGCCACACUGAACAAAUGACGUUGGUGGUAAGAUUCAUAAAAAUUGAAGCAAAUGAAGAUGUCUCAAUUAAGGAACAUUUUUUAGGCUUUGUUCCUGUUACCCAUUCUUCAGGUGAAGGUCUCACAGAAAUUUUACUCAAAGUGUUAGAGGCACGAGGCAUUCCUUUAAAAUCUAUGAGAGGCCAGGGCUAUGACAGUGCUUCUGCAAUGAAGGGAAAGCAUUUUGGAGUCCAGAAGAGGAUCCUUGAGUUAAAUCCUAGAGCCUUUUAUGUACCAUGUGGAAACCACUCCCUGAACUUGGUCUUAAAUGAUGCAGCUCUGUCUUGCAGCGUUGCAGUAGACUGUUUCAGCACCAUACAAGAAAUCUUUAACUUUUUUUCAAGUUCUACUGAAAGAUGGAGUAUUUUGUCAAAGCACGUUUCAGUUCUCAAAGUCAGACCGCUCUGCAUUAUUAGGUGGGAAAGUAAAAUCGAGGCAUUGUUGCCUUUGAGGUUCCACAUUGAAGAGGUAUAUGAUGCCUUAUAUGAAGCUUCUCAAGAGCAGAAAUUUGGUGCAUUUGGUAGGAACGCUGCUAUCACGCUUCUAAAGAAACUGAAAAGCUUCAAGUUUCUAUGCUGUUUAGUGACAUGGCAUGAGAUCCUGCAUAAGAUAAAUAUGUUGAGUAAACGGUUGCAAAAAGUCACAAAUAAUCUUCAAAGUUCUAUGGAUGUUAUUAAGAAUGUAAAAUCAUUUCUAGAAAAGAUGAGAUCUGAUGAAGGUCUAAAUGGCGUCAUUAAAGAUGCAAAGGAACUUGCAGAAAAAAUUGAUGUUGCUGCUGACUUUGAAAAAGAAACGCUAGUUGGACCAAGAAAAGUAAACAAUGAGAGUGAAGAUGAAGCUGCACAUUCAAGUGAGAGUGAAGAUGAAGCUGCACGUUCCAGUGAGAGUGAAGAUGAAGCUGCACAUUCCAGUGAGAGUGAAGAUGAAGCUGCACAUUCCAGUGAGAGUGAAGAUGAAGCUGCACAUUCCAGUGAGAGUGAAGAUGAAGCUGCACAUUCCAGUGAGAGUGAAGAUGAAGCUGUACAUUCUGAUAAAGAAUCUUUUAAAGUCAACUUCUUCUUUGUUGUGCUUGACACAGCAAUAUCCUCAUUAAAGGAGAGACUUGAGCUAAUGGAAAACCAUAGUGAAAGUUUCAAAUUUCUGUAUGAUAUUUCAAGGCUUGGGAAAAGUUUGAAUGAAACAGAAUUGAAGAAUGACUGUCAACAUCUUCAAACCGUUUUGAGCGAUGGAGAAGACUGUGAUGUGAACGGUGAUGAUCUGUUUGAUGAGCUACAAAUAUUUGCACCUAUGCUGCCCCCUGGAAGCAACCCAGCUGAAGCCUUGUCUUUUCUAACCAAACGUGGUUAUGUGGAUACUUUCCCAAAUGUUUAUAUUGCAUUGAGAAUUUUGUUAACGCUUCCAGUAUCCAUGGCCAGCGAUGAAAUGAGUUUUUCAAAAUUAAAAUGUAUAAAAAACUACUUAAGAUCAUCUUCGGGCCAAGAGCGCGUGAGUGAACUAGCAACUUUGGCCAUUGAAAAAGACUUGUUGGAUGAAAUGGAAACAGACUUACUAGUACGUGAGUUUUCAAAACGGAAAGCCAGAAAAAUCAUGGGGCUGCGUUCUCCAAAACAAAACUGAUUGACAGACGCAAGAAGCAUGCAAUUGAGUUGUCUGUUAUAUUAGCAAGCCCAAAGUUUGCAAAAUCUUCUGAAGACACAGAAUGACCAGGAAACCUUUGUGCAGUACUUGUAGACAAAAAUAAAAACAAAAACUUAAAAUUGUUGCUAAGUUUAAUAAAAUGUUUGCACUCUUUAAAAAAGUUAAUUUUGUUAAUUCUAUGUAAUGUAAAUAUAUGAACAUAAUGAUGUAAAUAAACUUCUGAUUUGUAAGGUAACUCUUUUGUCUAUUCUGGUCACCUCUACCUUCUACCUUUUAUUUUCAGUGAUUGGUUGGGGGGGGGGAUACUGUUUGCUUACACUUGAAAAUUACCUAGGGCUGGCUCCACUAUAUUUGCCCCUCCUUUGUAGUAGUGAUCUGCAAGGCUAAAAUGUGAAAAUCAGUGACACCCUUCUAACAAAACUCUGAAUUAAGCCUACUUGUGAUGGGUGCUUUUGUUGUAUUUCCCACCCAAGUAUGUGUUCCUCCUCCUUGGGAAAAGGGAGCAGUGGAACUUGGCCCAGGGAUGAUACAUUCUUUUUCUAUUGUAAAUGGAGGCUCUGCUCUGCUCCCUGGAUUGAUUGGUUACCUUUAUCCAAGCAGUGCUUGGAUACAUCCCAAAAAAUGAUAGAAUGAUCUCAAUUCGAGUUCAAGAUAAGCCGUUUAACAUCACAGUGAUUCAAAUAUACGCCCCAACCACAGCUGCUGAAGAAGCAGAAUUAGAUCAGUUCUAUGAGGAUCUGCAGCACCUACUGGAUAUUACACCAAAAAGAGACAUUAUUUUCAUUACAGGAGAUUGGAAUGCUAAGGUGGGCAGUCAAAUGACAACCGGGAUCACAGGAAAGCAUGGUUUGGGACAACAAAAUGAAGCAGGGCGUAGGCUGAUAGGAUUUUGCCAGGAAAACUCACUGUGCUUAACAAGCACUCUCUUCCAACAACCUAAAAGAUGGCUUUAUACAUGGACUUCAGAUGGUCAACACCGAAAUCAGAUUGACUACAUCCUUUGUAGCCAAAGGUGGCGGACAUCCCUCCAGCUGAAUGUAGUUCAGAUCUCAGACUUCUUAUUGCACAAUUUAGAAUCAGACUGGCGAAAAUACACAGACCAAUUAGAUAUGAUCUCACAAAUAUUCCUAGUGAAUAUGCAGUGGAGGUGAAGAAUAGGGACUAGAUUUCAGGGACUAGAUUUAAUAAAUAGAGUCCCAGAAGAACUAUGGACAGAAGUUCACAACACUGUUCAGGAGGCGGUGGCAAAGUACGCCCCCCCCCCCAAAAAAAAGAAAACCAAGAAGGCAAGAUGGUUGUCUGCUGAGACACUCGAAGUAGCCCAAGAAAGAAGGAAAGGAAACAGUGAUAGGGGGAGAUAUGCCCAAUAAAAUGCAUAAUUAAAUCAACUAUUUUUAAACAAGCAAUGCAUGGAAGUGGAAGAAGACAAUAGAAUAGGAAGGACAAGAGACCUCUUCCGUGCAUAACGGAGACCUGGUUGGAUGAGGCAGGUGGGGUCAAUCUCACUCAACGCUGUCCUUCCGGGUACUCCGUGCAGCACCAACCAAGAUCUGGAGAACGGGGAGGCGGUGUCGCAGUGAUCUACAAGGAUUCCAUCCCCCUGAUCAGAUGCCUCAUCCUGCAGUCAACCUUGUUCGAAUGUGUCCAUCUGAGGGUGGGUGACCGGGACAGAUUGGGGAUUCUGUUAGUGUACCAACCACCCCGCUGCACUACCGUCUCCCUGCCU